GCCCUUUUCCUUGAGAACUAUCUCUCUUUCAAUCGAUCGAUCGACGCCUGCAAAUCAGAAUACGUUGGGCGAUUCCAUAUCCAGCUCUGAAGUUUAGGUUACAGUUCGCUGGAUCUCCAAUUCAAACCAUUUGACGCCAAAGCAUCGAUUAAUACGGCGAUUCCAUAUCCAACAACCCAACCUCUACGCAACUCAUGCGUGGUUUAAAUUCGACUUGAAAGAUGAUUGUUCGAACAUACGGUCGUCGGAAUCGAGGUAUAGAGAGAGAUGGUUACUCUGACUCCGGCUGCCACGACCUAUCUGAUGGAUUCGAACAUCCUAUAUCUCAAGAAGUUUGUCAAUCUCAGGAUAGAAACAUCUUCUCUUCUCAAGAUUCAUCUCAUUGGUCCGUCGAUCCCGAGCUCCCAGGCGCGAAUUUGUCCCAGGCAGGAUGUGAAUUGACGGGUCCUCCCCAAGCUGGGAACUGGGUCAACGGGGAUUUGGAAAACGGGAAUGUUGUUUCUAGGAAAUUGAAGAAGAGGAAGACUCUUAAGGAAGAGGAAAAGAAACUGGGGUGCAAAAAGUUGAAAUCGAAAGGUUCUAGAUCCGCCGUGUGUGGUCAGGCAGAUGUUGUUGGCACGACAACAUUGAUGGAGACACAAGAGUUCGGGGAAAUGAUGGAGCAUUUGGACGAGGUUAAUUUUGCAUUGGACGGAUUAAGGAAGGGACAACCAGUUCGAAUCAGAAGGGCGAGUUUGUUGUCUUUGAUAUCCAUUUGUGGCUCAGCACAGCAGCGACGACUACUAAGAAGUCAUGGGUUGGCAAAAACAAUCAUCGAUGCUGUUUUAGCGCUCAACUUGGACGAUUCACCUAGCAAUCUGGCAGCUGCUGCUCUCUUCUAUGUUUUGACUAGUGAUGGUCAAGAUGAUCAAAUAUUGGAUUCAGCUACUAGCAUUCAAUUUCUGAUGAAGCUCUUGAAACCGAUAUCCUCUGCUUCUGGUAACAAGAAGACACCAAAUAUUGGCUUUAAGCUUCUAGCAUUUCGGAAGAAUGUCGAUGUUUUACAAGAUUCUGGCAAAGAGGUGGAUUCGACCACGAGUGCGAUUUUUCUCAAAGUUCAGGAGCUUCUCGUCAAUUGUAAGGAAAUGAAGUCAGGCAGUGGAAGCAGUGAUGCAACCGGGAAGCCUGAGCUGAGUCCCAAGUGGAUGGCUUUAUUGACAAUUGAGAAAGCAUGCUUAACAACUAUUUCUCUAGAAGACACCACUGGUGCUGUUCGAAAGACUGGAAGCAAAUUCAAGGAAAAAUUGCGAGAGCUGGGAGGACUUGAUGAGGUCUUUGAUGUCACCCGCAAAUGUCAAUCUGUUUUGGAGAGGUGGUUAAAAAAAUUCCCCAAUCAAAAUAAACAUUAUAAAGGAAGCUUGGAUCUUGAAAGCCUGGCACUGCUUCUAAAAUGUCUGAGAAUUAAUGAAAACGCGACAUUCCUUAGUGAAAAUAAUCAGAAUCAUUUGCUUGGUCUUAAAGGAAACUUUGAUCAUGAGGGCUUUCCUGAAUCUUUUGUACACUUUAUCAUAAGUAUCAUUAAGGUUUUAUCAGGUCUUUCUUUAUUGAGAAGUUCCUUGGAGGAUACAGAUGAUAAAAAGUUCCAUGACCUUUCUAUUGGGAUUGAGAAGGAUUCUCUAAGCCAUUUUAAGGGAAACUGUAAAGCAGAAAUCAAUGAGAUUAUAACUAUCAGUUCUUCUAUUAACUCAUCUGCCACUGAAGAUUCUUCUCAGAAGAGACCAAGUACAUCACAGGAGGACCAUAAGUGGUUGACAUCUGGAAAAUCUGGAGAUUCCAAAACAACUUCUAGUAUGACUCGGGCAUUUGUCGCUGAUUCUCGCUUGUUGAAGAUAAGAGCUAAUUCCUCUACUUUCAGCUCGUGCAGCGGAACGACAAGUUCAAGCGUGGGAAGAUCUUUCUGUAAUAUUGGGAAACAACAAGGCAUUGCUGUUGAAAAUUCUGAAUCUGAAAGUCACGAGAAUAGUCAGGAUCCCUUUGCUUUCCAUGACGAGGAAUUUGAACCGUCAAAAUGGGAGUUACUUUCUGAGGUUAAGAGGCCUCCUCCCAGAACCCUACACAAUAAGGCAUUAAGUAGUGAAAAUGGAAUUGAGUGUCGAUCUGAAACGGUUUUGAGUUUAGGGGAGUCGAGCAACAAGGAAAAUGAUGUCUUGUCCUCCUCGGCUCUUGAUGAGGAUACGCAUAAUCUUCUUGCUGACUGUUUUCUUACAGCUAUCAAGGUCUUGAUGAAUUUGACAAAUGAUAACCCUAAAGGAUGUGACCAAAUUGCUUCCUGUGGAGGAAUAGAGACUCUAUCGUCAUUAAUUGUCGACCAUUUUCCUUCAUUUACAACUUCCGCACGGGAUCAGAAGGAAACAAAUCUUUCUGAUCAAGAGUUAGAUCUUCUCGUGGCUAUUCUGGGGUUACUUGUUAAUUUGGUUGAGAAAGAUAACCACAACAGAUUGCGGCUUGUGGAAACUAGUGUUCCAUUGACUAGAAAUGGAGAUGAAAAAAUGAAUGUGAUUCCUUUACUAUGCUCCAUAUUCUUGGCAUACCAAAGGGUAGGUGAUGCUGGUGAAGAAGGGAAACUUGAGUGGGAUGACGAAGAGGCUGUAUUACAAGGAGCCAAAGAAGCCGAGAAAAUGAUUGUUGAAGCAUAUGCUGCUCUUCUUCUCGCCUUCCUUUCAACUGAAAGCAAGGCUACACGUAAAAAUAUCGCCCAAUUCCUUCCAAGACGCAAUCUCACUACCCUUGUACCUGUAUUAGAAAGAUUUGUGGAAUUUCAUCUGAGUUUGAACAUGAUAUCAACCGAUACACACAAAAUUGUGCUUGAAGUAAUCGAAUCAUGUAGGAUAGCUUGAAAUCAAGAAGCAAUUCUCGAUCUUGGAUACAGAGAAAGACUUUGGUUUCACAAUCCAUUUGUCAAAAUUCAAGCUCAGCAUGCAAAAUCUCGGAAGCAUACCACAGACCUAGUCAGACAUUCAUCCCAUUUUGUUUUUCUUCUCAUGUUAGCUUAUAAUAUUUACAUCUUUAUUUUUCCUCUCUUUAUAAUGGUUUGAGGCCAAUGUUGUUGUACAUGAAGAACAUAUUAGAAUAUAGUUCUGGGCUAGUAUUGUCUUAUGAAUAUGCACUCUUCUUCUUUCUUCCCACCUUGCUAAUUGUGUAUGUAAGAGAAAGAUUGAUUGCAUUUGCAGCAUAGAAUAUGAACAACAGAGGUCAAAACAUGUUAUAUUAUUA